AUGUGUUUUACUGGAAAAUUUUUAGAAGUGCGGAAAAAGGCGCGCUUCGUCAAUUGGAAGCCCGCGCUGGGGCCACCUUACUACGAGUCUGUUUUGUAUUCUCCGGUAGGAAACCUCCCGUUGCGACAUACGGCCUUUGUCAACAAUGUUGGGCGUGUCGCGCUGCCCCCUCGCUGUUGCACUUUUGUGCGCCACUUGCUCCAGCGGUCUGGUACGCGGAAGGAACACCGGCAGUUGCAUUGGUUCAACUUCUUGAAGGAGCUGUCGCCGCUGCGGUAG